ACAAGUGUCUGUGCAUUAUACUCCCAACUGUUUUCUCUUUUCAAAUAUAUGUAGGCUACAGGAGAUUGUAAUAUUUAUAUAGGCCUAUGUGUCACUGUCAGUAUGGAUGAUGACGAAGAAGAUAUCGAUGUCAUUUUAUUAUUUUGGCUUUCAAAGAAAAAGGAAAGUCAAAGGAGUCGCCGUAUCUGGACUCAUCCGAUUAACAAAAAGCGAAGUGUUUACGGUUCUUAUCACCACGUAUUCCAUGAAUUGAGCAAUGAUCGUCUGCGGUUCUGCAGUUAUUCAAGAAUGUCUUUAGACUGCUUCAACAUACUGGUUUCAAAAAUAACUCCAUUCGUGAAAAAACGACGAGACACAAACUCCAGGAAAUAUAUCAGAGUUGAAGAAAGAUUGGUUGUCACUUUAAGGUACCUUGCCACUGGAUUGAGUUUUAGGCAAAUGACCUUCGAUUUCAGAAUGGGAGAGACGACCAUUGGAAAGAUUGUUGAGGAAAUAUGCGAGGCUAUUUUCAAAAGUCUCAAAAGCGAAUACAUGCCCACACCAAAACAGAAUGACUGGCUUGAAAUUGCCAAUAAUUUUCACAAAUUGUGGAAUGUGCCUAAUACAUUAGGUGCAAUAGAUGGAAAACAUAUUAAGAGUGAGAAAGCCUCAUGGGAGUGGAUCAUCAUUUUUUAAUUAUAAAGGUUAUCAUUCGUUGGUUCUCAUGGCUUGCGCCGAUGCCGAAGGGAUCUUCACUACUAUCGAUGUUGGUGAUUAUGGAAGAAACAGUGAUGGAGGAGUAUUCAAACAAUCCAGUUUGGGAAAAGCAUUGUAUACUGGCCAACUUGCACUCCCAUCUGAUUCUCCAUUGCCAUCAUCUGAAACUGAACAAACUUUUCCCUACUUUUUCAUUGCAGAUGAGGCAUUCCAGUUAUCCAGAAGGAUAAUGAAACCUUACCCACAACGAGGGCUUACUUCUGACAAAAGAAUAUAUAAUUAUCGCAUGUCACGUGGGCGGCGCAUUAUUGAAUGUGCAUUUGGAAUGAUGUGCGCAAAGUGGGGAGUAUUGAAUACUGCUAUGAAGUGCAUAGACAUGAACAAAGCUGUGUCAAUUGUUUGUGCAACAUGUAUACUGCACAACUUUGUCAGAAUUUUAGAAGGAAAGCCAAUGGAAAAGUUUGUUGAAUUUAUUUCCAAAAAAAGUUCAGAUAUUCCCUCUCAACAAUUGCUAGGUGGUAUGCCAGAAAAUGGAAAUCGCCCAUCAAAUGAAGCAAUAAGAAUACGCGACAACAUUUGUGAAUAUUUUAUGGGAGUUGGCAGUGUUCCGUGGCAGACACAAUCUGCUUUGGGGCAUAUGGGAGACCAAAGAUAAGCUAGAACUACUAUAGGUACACUUCUGACACCAACAAACUGAUCAAAAUGCUUCUUUGCAGUCGAAUGCUAUAAUACUGAGGCUGAUAUCAAUGUGUUAAUGCAUACCAACAUUAUACUCUGAGAUGACCAAACUCAAAUAAUUUACCAAUUCCCAAUACAUUUGCAGGAAAAUAUCUUCUAUAGGGUCACGCUGAACAGAACAAGCGUAUAUACGUUGGACUGAUUUUAUAUUUAGGAGGCUGGGGUAAAGACUGCUUUGAAUGGUUUUUACAACUGGCAGAACAUGAGCUUGCAUCCAU